AUGACUGCCACAAGCCAGACUUGGUUGAUUACUGGCGCCUCGUCGGGUCUGGGCAAGUCACUGGCUUCGGAGGCUCUCAGGGCUGGCUACAAGGUUAUCGGAACCACGCGUGACGUUGGCAAGGCUGAAGCCUCCUAUCCUGACUUCUCAGAGAACGGUGGUAUUUGGAUAGGUCUAGAUCCUGCUCAAAAGGAUUCGUACGAUAGGUUCGUGAAAUGCUCCCAGGAGCACAACGUAGACGUUCUGGUCAACAAUGCAGGCUACGCUUUCAUCGGUGGUGUUGAAGACACAAGUGAGUCGGAAGUUCGCGAUCAAAUGGAAGUGAAUUUCUAUGGGCCUCUUCGUGCUGUCCGUGCCUGUCUGCCAAUCAUGCGUGAAAAGGGCUCUGGUCAUGUCAUUCUCAUCAGCAGUGGCGCUGGUUUCAUAGCACGUCCUGGACGAGCGACUUAUUCGGCUAGCAAAUUUGGCAUCGAGGCUGUUCACGAGUCGCUUUCUCAUGAGGUCAAGACUCUCGGUAUCAAGGUCUUAAUAGUGGAGCCAGGUGCUUUUCGGACUCCAUUCUCAAGCCGCAUCCUUACUCCCGCUCGGCUUGACAAUGGCUUCAGCGAGGCCUAUAAGGGUACCGCCGUUGAACAGAUGGUCGUUGGAUUUCGACAGCUGACAUCGAUUCCGGACUAUGUCAAAGGGGACCCGGAUAAGGCUGCGAGGGCAAUAAUCAAGGCUACCGUGACUGGUUAUGAUUAUCUUCGCAUGCCACUUGGGACCGAUUGUGUAAUCGCCUUGGAGUCAAAGAUUGCAGACCUACAGAGAGACCUGGAAUCCACUCGAUCAAUUGCUACAAGCACUGAUGUCGAUUGA